UAGGCAAAAAUUGAAAAAAAGGGAUGGAUCCUUAAGAGGAGAUUGUUUUUUCCCUCAAUCCAAAACUCGGAAGUGGGGAGUUACAUUCUUUUUUCAGGAGCUCUGCCAAGUGGCUACGAUAUGGCAGCAACUAUAAAGAUGAGCCUAUAUCAUCACACAAAAUGCUGAUGGUUUUUGCAAUGUGUCGGGACUGAGUCCUGCGCGUGCAACUGCAAAAUCCAUUACAACAGACAGAGAAGGUUGUAUAGCCUUCAAUACAUAUUUUGGGAAUGUUCGUUAAAAUGUUUAUUUCAGCUGUUCAGAAAUAUGAAUCAGAGAUCAUGGUUCAGAAGAGGGUGAGUAGAGAGAAACAUAAAGGGAGAGGUAGUGUUAGCAGCAGCUACGUAGUGUGCGUAAAAUAACACAUGCGCAGAACAAGAUCCGGAUCCUUAGCAUUGAGAAAUAUGUUUCUGGAGGGGCGAGGGCGAAAACUCCGUAUUCACAGCCACGACCUUUUUUGAAAUAAGACACAGACAGGUCAAGUCUGUCAUCAACCUCCUGUUUGCUGCCUACACCGGAGACGUCUCAGCACUAAGGAGGUCAAAUUUCCUCUGUUCUCCAUGGACAUGGAGCAGAGGGACUAUGACUCCAGGACGGCUUUACAUGUGGCAGCAGCAGAAGGACAUGCAGAGGUGGUGAGCUUCCUCUUGGAGGCGUGCAAAGUGAACCCCGUUCCCAUUGAUAGGUGGGAUAAGACCCCAAUGGAAGAGGUCUUGCAUUUUGGCCAUCACGACAUGGUCACCAUCCUCCAGGUCUAUCAAAACAAGUACAACCCACAAGAGGCCCCCAAGAAGGACAAGGAGACAGCAGAGAACAACCUGGGCGGUCUGCUGUAGUGUAGACAUCCAAGCCAGUUGACGCUGCUUUUGUAUCCUCUCUAAUAGACUGCUGUUUCUUUGGUGGGAUAAACACUUUUUGGAGUGACUUUUGUCAACUAUGUAUGAUGACUUUAUUUCUGAACUGUGUGUUUGAUUAAAUGUGUUUUACAUUUGUUAUACUCCUUUGUUUUACUGUAAGUGUUUUUCUUUACCUUUUGUUGUGCGCUUUGGUGACGGUGUUGCUUAUUUUUGCUGUAUCUUUCCUCUUUCGUCCUCUAACCUUUCCCUCACCGUGUGUGUGUGUGUGUGUGUGUGUGUGUGUGUGUGUGUGGUGAGUCCCAAAUCGAAGGGCAGAAUCUGAUUGAAUCUUUGUGACAUUGGUGUGCAAUAUAAAGUGAUAUUAUUAUACAUAUGCUGCUACAUGUAAAUUGUAUAUUUAUGUACUGCAUAAAGUAAAUAUAUGUAAUGAUAUCAAGUACCAAUACUUAAUCUAAUGGAAUGUAAUAGUUUAGCAGUUUGGUAUUUUUCCUGGAUGGCCACAAUGUGUAGUAAUCUUUGGCCAAACCAGGCACACUAGAGUCUAUGGAGCGAUAUGAUGUUGAAUCUGAAAAUCAGUUUAUGUUGGCACUAAUAUAACUCCAUAACAUUCUAGCUAUAUGUCUUGGUUAAUGCCUGGUUGGAAAACAUGAAAAAGACUGUAGCUCCUAAAGACAUGAUGGGCCACCACUUGGGUAGAAGCACUAUAUGGUCCUGGUAAACAAGUUUAGGAUGCCAAAUGUUACCAAACAUCCUACGCUUCCACUAGUCCCAGUCAAACUUAUCUUGACCUUUAUCAACCCUACUGCAUAUUCCCUUUAGCUUUCAUUUCAUUUUAUUGUACUUUGUUUGAGGCGGCACAAGACACUUUAAAACAAAUGUGUGUAUAUUUCUGGUCUAGUGUUCUUUUUUUGUAUUAUGAUUUUCUCAUAACAAUGAAAUUUUACUUCUCUAUUGCUCAAUACUGUAUGCUAUGUGCACACAGUUGUCUGUUGUAGAUCUGGAACCACUGACAGAAUAGGGGAGUAUCUGUGGCCACAUGAUAAAACACUAGUCUGGCAUCAGUAGUCUGCAAAUAGGAGGAAACCAGUUGGACCUGUACAUAAACAUAUGGCAGUUGACAUUAAUAUUAUCAAAAACUCAUCCUAGAUGUCUCACACUUUUUGAAUGAACUUGUGCCUUUGGCCAGGAUCUAAUUUUCUCACGGAGCUGGUGUGUAAAGGACCAUAUAAAAUCAUCUGAAUGAGGGUUAUUCAUGAUUCAGUGGGAUUAUAGCAUAGUUGAAUUCCAUUUCAUUUCCAAUGAGUUUAAGAAAUUAAUGGAAAGCCAUGUACUGAUUGUAUUUGCAUGUUAUGAAUCGCUACUUGAAUAUGUACAAAAACA